AUGCCAAAUUUCUUUCUUUCUCGUGUUUUGCCCCAAGCAGAUCGCUUGUACGGAAAUCGGUGAAAAUUUCCGAAAUUUGUUCAUACAUAACUCACCAUGGACAAAACAUUUGUGCUCGCACGCGUUACCAAGGUUCUGGGCCGCACCGGAUCGCAGGGACAGUGUACCCAGGUGAAGGUUGAGUUCCUGAACGAGCAAAAUCGACAGAUCAUCCGCAAUGUGAAGGGUCCCGUCCGCGAGGGCGACAUUCUGACCCUGCUGGAAUCGGAACGUGAGGCAAGAAGACUCCGGUAAACUCGCUCCAACUUCGCAAUGCCUUCCAGGGACGGGAUGCAUUUU